CGCAAGCGCGUGAUGCUCCACGGAGAGGUUUCAUAACGGGGGGCACCAAGCAUCCCACUGCCCCCAUCCUGGGGGGGUUCUGCUCGCCGCCGCCGUUUGCGCCCCGCGGAGCCUGUUGGCCCCUGGGCUGCGCCUGCUGAGGCUCUUACGUAAAUUGUUGAGAGAGGAAUCCCCUUAAUUCCCAGCGUGCUAAUCCACACAUUUAAUAAUUCCCAUAAAACCCUCAAUUCCGACAGAAAGCAUCUUCUAGUCCGGGUAGAUUAGCAGGGAGCUUUUAUCUUCCUAAUGCUUAAUUGGCUUCGGAGCGUGCGGCCGUCGCACGGGGCUGGCGGUGGCGGCACAGGGUGCUUAUGGUGGCACAAAUACGGCCCUGCACGAUGGCAGAGGGGCUGCUUGGGGAGGGCUGCAGGUCCUCCAGCCCCCCUCGAUCAGAGAUACUGGCUUUGGGAGCGUAGGGGUGAUGAAAGAAUGAAGCUUCCUUGAUGUGUAUCAAAUAAACCCUGGGCUUAAAUCGCCGUCAGAGAUCUUUUGCUGAGGUCUGAGAUCUGAGCUGGAUCAGGGUGCACUGCAAACACCUCCUUCCUCUCCCAAACUAUUUCUGGGGGCUCCUGGCCUCAAGCCACCAGGACAGGAGGUGGUGGUGAUGGACGGAUGCCCUCCUGCUUUCUCCAGCCAUCGUUUCCCCUGUGUGCUGGGGGCUGUGGUGACCCCCCCCCCACGCACAAACCCCUUCCUCCCCUUGCUGCGUCCUGGGGCUCAGCAUCUGCUCAACAUCUGUGCAAAGGGCUCACGUGCCAGCCCACAACCAGGCUCCAAAAUGUGGGGAUCCCCCAGGGAAGGAUCACACAGGAUGGGAGGGAGUGGGGCUCAGCCCAGCGUAAGGCUGUGAUCGAUGGAAGGACCCAGAAGAGCCCCUUGAUGCUCAGGAUCAGAGCAGCAAGUGCCCAGUGGUGGAGAGCUUUGCUUCCCCGGCAAAGCCAAGAAGCAGCUUGUAAUUCAGGCUGCACGAGGGCUUUUUAUAAAGCGAACGCUGGGAUGUCUGCUUUUAAUCUGCUUUAAUAUAGAAGCACAUCUGCUUCUGUCAGGGUGGGGAGGGAGAGGAGAGGACCGUGGGGACACUUUGCCCAGGUCCCAGCACGGAUGGGGCAAAGCCUGGCCUCACUGCUGGAUAUCCCAGUGUGUAGAAUGGGGACAGGUGGUGGGGGGCUUUGAGGAGAUGCUGGCCCUCUCUUGCCGGCAGAGCUGGAGGCGGUGGAGGAGACAGCUUGUAGGUAGGCGGGAGCUGCCGGUGCCAGGAGCUGGUGCUGAGCGUGACUGCAGAGCACUGCCAAAAAUCCACAGUGUAGGCUCAGCCCGAAGUCCUGGAGGUGGCUCCAUCCCUCCUGGGUACCCACGGUCUCCCCCCUCCCUGUCCCCACGCUCACCCACACGCGGCAGUGGGAUGCAGGACUGGUACGUGCCCACGAGCAUCCCUCUGGAGCCAGAUCCAUCCUGGUCCGCUCCAGUCCUGCUGCUGUAACUGUUGUGAUCUUUUCGUAGGCAUCUGGGCCGAGGCGCGUUUUAAGGCGGACAAUGAGGUUUUGCAGAUGCUGGCGGGGAACUCCUCGCAGAGUCUGUUGGAGCAUUGUUCCGAGCUCCUGUUCGGCCAGGUGCGGGCGCAGCCCCAGCAAGUGUCUGGUGUCCUGGGGGGCUCGGUGCUGCUCUCCCCGGUGCUGCCCCCUGGCAGCAGAGUGAAGGAGAUCGAGUGGAGCUUCUCCUCUGGUGCCGGUGCCACCAUCCAGGUGGCUGAAUUUGGCCCAGGGGGCUUCGAGCGCCCUGACCCCCAGGACCGUUUCAAGCAGCGCCUGGAAAUGCCCAACGCCACAGCGCUGAGGAUCGGGGCCCUGGAGCUGGGAGACAGCGGGGUCUAUGGGGCACGGAUCAAACUGCACCCGGCGCUGGUGGAGGACCAAUCCUUCAACCUCUCUGUCUACGAGUCGGUGCCGAGACCCCGGACCCACAGCCAACUGCUGGCCAGCACCCUGGAGUGGUGCAACCUGACCUUGCAGUGUCAGGGCACUGGCAAAGGGGCCGUCAACGUCACCUGGAGGAGGGACAACGGCCGACAGGAGCUGGGCACCGACCGCUCACAGCUGUCCCCGGAUGGCACCACGCUGCGCCUGGCCCUGCAGCCUGGCACCGCCAAUGCCACCUACACGUGCACUGUCAGCAACCCUGCUGACCAGAAGGUCGUCCCUUUCGACCUGCAGAGCAUCUGCCGCAGUGGAGGAGGACAGGUGUCCUUCUCCAAGUCGGGGUACAUCGUCCUCACCCUCAUCCUGCUGGCUGUCAGCCUUGGCGGAGCCUUCUGGUGCUGGCGGCUCAACAGCGAGAAGUCAGCAGAUCCAGCUGCCACCCCCACAGCACCGGCAGAGGAGAGCCCCCCAGAACCUCAAUACACCGAGAUCGUGCACCGCAGCCCCCCGGAAGGUAAUGACCAGGGCCUACGUCCACCUGAAAACAACCCAGAGCCGACCUCGACAGAGAAAGCACCGGGCAGCACCGUGUAUGAACAGAUCCACCAGGAGCCAGAGGACACGGCCGAGGAGGUGACAUAGGCCCUCAGGCGCCGACAGCGCUGGAGCAUCAGGAUGUAACUGAAGGGCUGUAACGUGCAUUGUGUGCCAAACCCGACCCCUCUCCAGCCCCUGGUUUGGCUUCAGGGAUGGAGGUGCCAUCUCUGGGUACAGCCAACCGGAUGCUUCCCCACCCACCUCUGGUUUGUCCAACCCUCUGUCCGAAGCCAUCGUGGCCCCUCUGGGGACAUGGAGAUGAGCGGCGACGAUGAGGCUGAGUCCCUCCUCUGGCACAGGGCUGGGAUGUGGCUCCAUCACCCACACAGCUGGGGGUCCCAGCCCCAUUUCUGCCAGCUGAGAGAGUGGGCUGCCCUGGAGCAAGAAGAGAGGAACCAAAAUCUUUAUUUUUUGGGGGUGGAGGGAGGAAUUGGGGUCAAGUGGAGGCAAAGUUGGGUGGACGGGGGCAGAUCCAUGCACUGCAGAUCCAGGAUGGCACCACCUUGGGCAGCUUGCUCCCUCACCCCCACUGCUCCCAACCCCCUCUCCUGAGGUUGGGCAGACCCUGGUUGUGACAUCUCCAGGGCCAUGUGAGGGGACCAAUGCCUGUGGGAGAUGUGCCCGCUCUUCCCCCACCCCAUAGCCAUUCCUGUGUCGCCUAUGUGCUGCCAUUAAUGGGGGGGGGGAGAGGGAGGGGGGAAGUUUCACUUGUGUGUGUCCAGCACCUACUACUGUCAUGGGCCCCGUGCUCGGCCCGACCUCCCCACGUCGUAAAAACAGCAAAUAAAUCUUGGUG